AUGGCCGAAACUGCUUUCGAUAAUCUAUUGCGGAAUUUGGGCCUUCUAAUUGUUCGGUAUGAAGCUUUUUUUCAGCACCAGGAGGUUUGUAUCCAAGUUCUUUACAAGGAUCUAAAACUCCUGAGGACCUUCGUCAUCAAAAUGGUUGAGAAAAACUACCAUCAGAAUGCAGGGAAAAUUCUGGCCACAAAAAUCGAUGAUGCGAACGAGAAAGUAGCCAAUGUCCUCAAAUCAUUUUUGCACGAGGAGGAUGACACUGAAGAAAAGCUCAAAAGUUUCAUACAAGAUCUUACGGCUAUCUCAACAGGGGUGCAGGAAAUUUGUCUCAAAUUGCCUGAUAUCAAAUGUCCCCCAAGAGCUGAUACGAUAGUAGUUGAGGAUGAAACUGUGGUGACGUUGCAAUUUGGAAGUUCAUCGACAUCAGAUCCCGACGAAGAAACGGUGGUGGGAUUUGAUGAAAUGACGGUGAAGAUUGUGAAUGACCUUAUUCGAGGAAGAGAAGAACCAAAGGCGUGGAUGAGGAAGUGGAACAUGGGGCGACGAAAGCACGUCUCAGCUAGUGUAAUUGUCG